AUGACGCCGCACCGAGAAGACUUGUUCGACUACAAAAACCUAGUGACAAGCAUUGAGGUGACCAUCGCGGAUGGAAAGAAGAUCCGUGUGGUAGGAACCGGGUCGGUGCGCUUAACGGGCAUUAACGGCAAGCGCAUUCGGAUGUUAGACGUUCUCCUCAUCCCUGGCCUGGAUCGACGACUACUAUCGGUAGGCAAGCUUGCAGAACGCGGACUCAAUGUUGAGUUCGAGCGCACAUCAUGUAUCAUUUGGAACAUAAACCAAGCCACCGCCUCGGGGAAAAAGGUCGGCAAGGCCUACAUACUAGAAUGUCAGCAGGAAACGGCGCGAUACGUGGAAUAUUCGGACGUCGAUAGCAAUUAUGAUCUUUGGCACGCUCGUAUGGGUCACUUGAACAAGGACGCGCUGGAAAAGACGCAGCGUGUGACGACUGGUAUUCCAAUUACCAAUUUCAAGACGAAGGCGCUAUCUAGUGGAUGCUUGAAAGGCAAGCAAACGGUGACACAAUUCCCAUCUCAUUCACAGACGAAGACGUCCCGUGUUCUGGAACUUGUGCACACGGACUUAAUGGGACCGAUGAAGACGAGAUCAAUAGGUGGCGCAAAGUAUGUGCUUAACUUCGUUGACGACUACUCGAAGUACGUUGUGGAAAACUUCCUUAAGAAGAAGAGCGAAGUGCCGAGAAGAUUUGAGUCUUUCAAGACCAUGUACGAGAAUCAGUGGGGAGAGCGCAUCAAGUGUCUACGCUCUGACAACGGCACUGAGUUUGUAAACAAGGCCAUGGAUACAUUUUGUCAGCGUAACGGAAUUGUUCAUCAAAAGACUGUGCCAUACAGCCCUCAACAAAAUGGAGUGGCUGAGCGGAUGAACCGAACGAUUAUGGAGAAGGCACGGAGCAUGAUGCACUACAAGGGUGUAUCUACUUCCUGGUGGGCAGAGGCAGUUAGCACGUUAGUGUACUUAAUUAACCGGACAACAAACAGCAAACACACUGACGCGACUCCAUACGCGAUAGGAUUUAAGAUGAAGCCUCGACUGGACCACUUGCGAGUGUUUGGAUCAAUUGGUUAUGCUCAUGUCGACGACGCUAAGCGCACCAAGCUCGAGCCAAAAAAAUAUAAGUGUAUGUUCCUUGGCUAUGGGGACAAUACGAAGGGCUAUCGCGUCUAUGAUCUGGAGCUAAAUAAAGUCAAGAUGUCAAGAUCAGUAAAGCUCGACGAACGCGAGGUGAAUGGAAUUUAUAGAACGUCGAUGACAGAAAAGACUGAAGUCAUUAACGUGAUAGAGGACAUCGACGAAGUGGCUCAGCCUGAAAAUGAGAAGGAAUCUCCUGUGGAGGAUGAACCAAUGGAAUCGACAGCGGACCCAUUUGAAGACGUCGAGAUGCAAGAAGAUGAACAUGAGCCUAUGUCAUCAGGAAGAGAAUUAACGACAUAUCAUCGGGUACAUGAGUCAACAGCAAACGGUGACAUGGUAUUCAGGCCCGAAAGGGAACGAUCUCGACCGACGAUGAUCCUGACAAUGACGAUCAUUUCUAUCCGCCGUCACCCAAACGACCUCGUAUUGAUAAAGUUAACCUACUUGCAGAAGCUGUACUAG